AUGUCUUCAACACCGACCUCGGUCUCUAGCAGUGCUGCAAACACACCUGCCAGUAGCGGUGGAGAAGGUUCGGGUUCAAAUAAUGCUACAAGCUCACCUUUAUUGUUCUUCGUUGCUCUUGGGUUUGGUGUUGUAUUCACAAAUUUAUGGAUCAUUGUUGGAGUGAAAUAUUGCUUUCGAUAUAACCAACGAAACCGUCAGCUCCGCAGCGAGGAAGCAGGAGAGCCCAUUGACUUGGUCGCUAUGCCGCGAGCUCAUCGCAGGAGGAGGGAGAAGAAGUUGAUGACGAUGGAUGAAGUCAACGGGCGGUUUCCACUCGUCAAAUACAAAGUGUGGAGAUCAUCUCGUGCCAACCAGGGUCUUUCAACAGAAGGUGGUAUAACAACCCCGAAUAGCAGACCACAGAGCCUAAAGGAUGAAAGUGGUAUCGUAACAACAGCGGUUGGGGUUGAGACAGCAGCAAUACCACCAUCCACCAAGGGUCAUGAACGAGUGGUUUCCAAUGAUACAUCACAAAUUCCCAUUCAGGAGCUACACGCUGCCCCUCCAGUGCCAGCUGUGGAGUAUUUUGGCCCUUCAGUAUCCGGAAUGCCUUCUAGUCAGCAAUGCACUGAUUCAGGUAGCCAGCAAGAGAAAUGGCAUCCUUUGACCAACGAAAACAUGAACAUUGAUCUUGAAGACCAUGAUGAUGGUGAUGCCUACAUUCGUAACGCUGUUCCUGCUGAUCUUCUGCCCAACCCUGGUGAUUCUUGCGCAAUUUGCCUAGACAUCAUUGAGGACGAUGAUGAUAUCCGGGGACUUACAUGUGGACAUGCUUUCCAUGCUUCAUGCGUCGACCCCUGGCUGACUAGCAGAAGGGCAUGUUGCCCGCUGUGCAAGGCCGAUUACUAUGUCCCCAAACCCCGUCCACAGACUGAAGCACAGCCUGCCACAGAUCGCCAGGGUCGUCAUACAGAUUCAACUGGCGCGGAUGAAAUCACCAGACCUCCUCGUGCUUGGAAUAGUGGCAGGGCAAAUGGGUGGGUUCAAUUGGGCUUCUCUAGCCGAAUAUUUCAACAGACAUCUCCAGAGGAAAGAGACGCUCCAGCCCGAGAACAACAUGUACGGGAUGGGCGUGAUCAGCCUUUGAACUCAGCCCAUGCCUCGCAUCCCUCGGGUCAAUCUACCUGGUCUCGAUUGAUUCCUACUCGCCUCCGACGGCUUUCCUUCCACUCUUCGCCAAGAAGACUGCAUACACCACCUGAAGAUGGGACUUCUCCUGAUCCUUUACCUUCAGAAGGACGCACACCUCGUCAAGUCGAAGCUGGUACCACAUGA